GCACCUCGCAGCUGCGGCCUGGGGAGCCCGAGGGCUAUCGCAUCCCCUUCAACCCCACCGGCACUGGCUGCGGGGCCGCCAUGCGUAGCCUGGCCAUCGGCCUCAGGUACCCGCACGCCUGGGAGCUGCCAACGCUGAUCCGGGUGAGCAUCGAGAGCGGACGCAUGACCCACCACCACCCGACCGGGUACCUCGGGGCGCUGGCGGUGGCCCUCUUUGGGGCGCUGGGGGCUCGGGGGGAGCCCCCGGAGCGCUGGGGGGCCGAGUUGCUGCGGGUCCUGCCCCUCGCAUGGGACUACGUGGAGGGUGCCGGGGUGGCCGUGGGGGACAACGCCGCCGCCUGGCCCUUCUUCGGGGAUGCCUGGCACCGGUACCUGGUGUCACAGGGGCUGCUGCAGAGCCACAGCCCGCUGACCCCCAGUGCCACUGCUUACCCCUUUAUCACUGGUGACACCAAUGAUCCCAGUGUCCCCAGUGGCAGCAAUGACCCUGCCGAGCGGGAUGCGGCGUACAUGGGCUGGGCACUGGAGGGGUGGCCAGGGCGCAGUGGCCAUGACGCGCCCAUGGUGGCCCUGGAAGCCCUGCUGGCAGCCGGCGGAAGCUGGGGGGACCUGUGUGCCAGGGGGGUGCUGCACGGCGGGGACAACGAUUCGACGGGGACCAUCGCCGCUGGGUGCUGGGGGCUGCGGGGGGGGUUGGAGUCCAUCCCGCCUGGGCUGCACUGCUGCCUUGAGUACCGUGGGCGACUGCGAGAUGCUGCCCACCGCCUCCACGCGCUGGCCUGGGGGGGACGCUGA